CCCGCCACCACUUUACUACGAUUACCAAACCAGGACCACGUUUGCUAGGUGUACCGUAGAAAUCAAGACCCCGUAAAAUCCCCAUUCGACACAUUUGCAAUACUACUGCUAUUUAUUAUAGGGUGAAUACAUUAGGUGAAGAAGGUCAGAAAGGAAGAGACACAAUUAAAGAACGAGCAGAAAGCAUAACAAAACAAGAAGAAGAGGAAAAAAGACAUCAAAACAACAACAAUACAGCCCCCAUGUUUGCAGGGCAGCUGUAGGCAGUCAAGCAGUCUCUGAUCAUCGCCGGCUGCCUAACUUAACACAGCCAUCUAAUUGAGGAGCCCUGGCCUGGCCCUGUUCUCGUCCUGUCCCCCCCAAAAAAACCAAGAAAGGCUCAAUUGCUCUCCACAUCAAUCCAAAUCCAAACGGGGACCCGUUUCUGCAGCCACAGUUUUGUUCCACCACCGAGCCGCUUGCUUGAUGCAACAAGCUGUCUCUCAACAACAUUUAACACAACCCAACCCAACCACCCCGCAUACAAACCUGCACCUCAAACUCUACGAAGCACCAAGACCAAACAAAACGCCAAUUUCCCUUGGGCUGCAGGUCCCUUGCACCGCCUACGCCAUGAGUGCCCCUUUCAUGGUCAAGGCUCUCUUCGAGUACUCGUCCCCGCACGAAGAUGACCUUCCAUUCCCCGCCGGUCAGAUAAUCACCGUCACCGAGGUGGAAGACGAAGAUUGGUAUACGGGAGAGUUUGUCGGCGACGACGGUGUCAAGCAUGAGGGCAUCUUCCCACGCAACUUCGUCGAGAAGUACGAGCCUGUAGCUCCCCCGCGACCAACUCGCACACGACCAAAGAAAGAAUCGGAACCCACAGCAGCCACUUCGCCGCCACCUCCUGCACCUGCGGCAGCUGCAGCCCCCGAGCCAGUCGAGGAGCCUACGCCAUCGGAGCCUGAGCUGCCUCUAAAAGCCGAAUCCCAGUUCACGUCUGAGCCUGUCGAAGAAGCCCCCACCGCUUCUGGCAACGCACCCGCUGCAUCCGCUGCAUCGCCUCCAGCUCCCGAGCCUGCCGCGCCUGUUCCGAUCGCGGCACCGUCCGCCUCAAACCCCAAGGUUGAACCUCAAGCAACCUCUCCGCCGGCCCCCAAGGUCGCGCCGUCGGCCUCGAAACCCAGCGGCCCACCGCCUGUAGCGGAGAAACCCACCGGAAAUGCGUUCAAAGACCGAAUCGCCGCCUUCAACAGGGCUGCCGCUCCACCCAUAACACCCUUCAAGCCUAGUGGUCUUGGAGGAUCUAGCUUCAUCAAAAAGCCUUUUGUCGCGCCCCCACCGAGCAGAAAUGCAUUUGUGCCGCAGCCGCAGAGCGCCCCGGCCCCAAGGGUUUAUCGGCGCGAUGAGGAUCCCGAGAUCAAGGAGCGCGAGCAGGAGAACCAGGAGACCGCCGAAAAGGUUGGCCUGGCUCCCACAACCUCGAACGAAGGUGAGGAUGAAGAUCAGCCGAAGCCAAUGAGUCUCAAGGAGCGCAUGGCCCUCUUGCAGAAACAACAGCAGGAACAAGCCCAGAGGCAUGCAGAGGCCGCAGCCAAGAAGGAGAAGCCGAAAAGGCCAGCCAAGAAGCGCAUGGAAAGUAAUGAAGGAGCAGAAGAGGAUGGCUCGUUGCAAAUUGCACCCCCGCAACUGGAACGCAAGGAUAGUGAGGAUACUGCUGGCAGGCGAUCCAUUGACGAGUCGCAGGGUACUCGCGCUCCUCCCGCGGGCCGGAGGAAGUCGUCCGCCAAGGCCCUUGGAGGAGAGCCUUAUGACGGCAACGAAGCUGACAUGUCUGGAGCUGGUGACACAACGGAAGGACAAGAGGAUGUCACCGAACGGGAAGACAGUGAUGACAGGUCGCAUCAUGUCCCAAAGUCUUCCGUUGCGGCCGGCAAAGCACCUGCUGUUGACGAGGAAGAUGAGGAGGAAGAUGACGAAGAGGAGGAAGAUAUCGACCCAGAGGUCAGGCGUAAAGAGGAGCUCCGUGCGCGAAUGGCCAAAAUGAGCGGUGGGAUGGGCAUGGCCGGCAUGUUUGGUAUGCCCAUGCCCGGCCUUGGGGUACCCGCCAAGAAGAAGAAGGCCUCAGUCGCGGUCGAGAGACGGGACAGCGAAGGCCCCGAAGGUAUGCCGUCUCCAGGCCUCCAUGCGCCGCCUGUGCCUGCGAUGGUUGCGCUUCCUGGACUUGCCACCAGACGUUCUGAAGAUAGGGCUGCGGAAGAAGUAGCCCUGGCUCCAGCUGCUCCCAAAGAUGAAGAAGAGGAAGACCACGCGGAGACGCCAUCUCAAUCCGCCCAAUCUCCUCCCAGUGUGCCAUUUCGAAUGUCCAUGUCAGGUGCUCCGCCAGUUCCCGGUAACCGGCCAAUCCCGCCUCCAGUUCCCUCAGAGGCUCGUCCGCCUAUGCCUCCAAUUGCAGGUGUGAAGUCGCCUAGUGCUGGAUCUGAAUCCGAUGAUGAGUUGUCGGAACAUCCCAUGCAGGAACCCCUUGCAACCCCCCGAGGAGAGCCUACCCCUGCCUCUAGGGCUCCGCCUCCUCCACCCCCAGGGCCACCUCCGGUCGAGCCUAGCUCUCCCCGGUCACCUGGCCCAAAACAACAGAUUUUCUUCGGGGGCGGGGGCGGUGAGGUCUCGCCUACGUCACCAACUGCUUCCAGUAUGUCAAAUAAGCGCGCCAGCAGGCCGCCACCACCUAUCCCCACGAUGCCACCUUCAUCUCCUCCACCUGCGGCUUCCCGUCCUCCGCCUCCCCCGCCUCCAGGGGGGUUAAGCCGCCGCUCAACUGCCGACAACCGACCGUUGUCGCCAACAAAAGCAAGCCGGAAGGAACUCUCGGACGAGGAAGAGAUUACCGAGUACGAGGGUGACUAUGACACGGACAUUGCAUCUUCCGUGCCUCACAAGGACGCCCUGAAAUCUCAUGGACGAGAUUCAAGUAUUGAUGAGACUACGUCGGUGUCCUCUCCCACUGCGACAGCUCCGCCAACCCUGCCGCCGCCGAUUCCUUCGGUUAAUGCUCCUCGGGCUCCUCCGCCCAUCCCUAACCAGCCGCCUCCUGCCCCGAAAACCGAUUAUCGCCGUUCCGUAGACAUGCCACGCAUGGCACCUCCACCUCCACCGCCGCAGAAGGAGGCUCCCCAAUAUGACGACGAUUACGACCCGUACAACUAUUCGGCGCCGAGCCAAGGCGUUUCGGCAGCACCUGGCUACGCGCCACCACCUCCAAAGUCACCGAGAUCACCGGAAAUCCCACACACUUCAGAAGCGCCCUAUCAGCCGCCACCUCCGCCACCUGGUGUUCAGCAGAGCGGUCGUGUCGCUCGGCAGUCCUUAGAUGUUGGCCGGUCGUCGCACUCUGGGCGCAGAUCGGUAGACAUAGGGCCUUCUAUGGACUCGCAUUACGUCGCUAACGACAUUGAUUUAGCGCCAUCAUCAAGCUGGUGGACGCAACCUAAUGGGUUGCCUCCACAGCUACAAGGUCGCAAGGACAUUUUCUUCGAGUCCGAACAGUCAGUAUCGGCGCAAGGAAGCAAAAGCAUGAUUACUCGCGACAUUUAUAUCCUAUAUCACGACUAUUCUCAGACCGUCGUGACAGUGUUGUACGACGGAAAGAAUCCAAGCGAUGUGCAUCUGAGCCAGCGCCACGAGCCUCCACCACGAACCCUGCGCCAGGACCAGUUGGAACAAUCGUAUGAGCGGUUCGGCCGUCAGAUUGCAGAGGCUGUCAAGGGUAAGAAGGAAACUGUGGUCGGCGACGGCACUCCUUAUGGUCUCGUGCAAGAACUUCUGCGCCCACACAAGGACGCUCUUCUACCGGUAGGCACACGGGCUUACGGCGCGCUCGUCUAUGCGAACAUGGCGAAUGCCAGCACGACAGUCAACGACGAGAUUCGGCCUGGUGACAUCAUGUCCAUCCGCAACGCCAAAUUCUCAGGCAAGCACGGCGCUCUAGGACACAAGUACAGCAUGGAGGUCGGCCGACCGGAUCACGUGGCUAUCGUGGCCGAAUGGGAUGGUAGCAAGAAGAAAGUGCGGGCUUGGGAACAGGGCAGGGAGAGCAAGAAGACAAAGCUUGAGAGUUUCAGGCUCGACGACCUACGAAGUGGCGAGGUCAAGAUCUGGAGGGUCAUGCCGCGGAGUUGGGUCGGCUGGGAAGGGCAGAACUAGUGCUUCUCGACGUUGGGCUCAAUGCAGCUGCGGGGUGGCAAGUUCAGGUCGGCACCGGCCAUGCAGAGCGGCUAGAAUCCCAUGUCACUAGGGGGCGUGCAAAUAUGGUGUCACUGCGGAAGGCCUCUGGCAACACUUGGGAAGCGAAAUGGGGAGCCGAGGUAAUAGGAUCAAGUAUCCGUAGACGAGAGGGUUUGGGCGAAACUUAUUUUUUUUUCGUUUGGUGGUUUUUUCCGGGUCCGCCUUGAGUCGAAAGGUCACAGAAGAUUACAGAACGUGUGAUGACGCGGAUUUCGAUGAUGGAUUUCGAAAAAGCUGAGGAUGAUUGCACAAUGAGCGCCCGAUGGAAGCAUGGACGAGGCGUCUCGUGAGGGUGAACAUCAUUUGUCAGUGUUAUGUGCGCUGGUGGUAUGCUUUAAUCUCAAUUCUUUUGGUUCUCCUUCUUACAGCACCAAUAGCUUUUUGUAUUGAAACAUUACAUCCCUCGCGGUGUUGUUAUGAAAAAUCUUGACCAUAGUGUCAAGGCUGUUGCAUUGGCAGGUAGUAUUUGGGCUUCACAGUACUGGCGUUUAAAAAAGCCAACAGUUGGCUACGAGACCUUUGAAGUGGACAUAGUUGCAAAGUCUUGAUAGGUACGGGUUUUGCCAUGCAGCAAAAUAAUGGCCAGAUGUGUGCCAUUCACUUUAUUGUCCUUUGCUCUUAAUACCAUGCCAAAAUAUCAGAAAUCACGGUUCCCAACCCGUCCCCAUGAUCACACAGAUCCCAUGCACAAUGCCCGCAGCCUAUGCACCAAAGUAACAAAGGGCAAAAGAGAGAUUUAAG